AUGAUAAUAAAAUUUAUUUUAUUUAUUAUAUUUAUUAAAACAAAUAAUAGUUUUCAUAUAAAUUAUAAAAUUUUACUAAAAAGUAACAAACAAAAUUGUGUUAAAAAUUUUCACCCUGUAAAUUAUUUUUAUAAGUUUAAAAAUGUAAAACCAAGAGAAUUUAAAAAUAAAAUAUUGUCUUUUUUUUCAAAUUAUUUUAACAGUGAAUCUGAUAAAUAUAAAUUAAAUCAAGAAGAGAAAGAUUAUUUAGAUAAAUUAGGUCUUAGCGAAAAUGAUGAUUAUAAAAAGUUAGUUAAAUCACAUGAAGAAUACAUUGCAACAAUUAAUGAUAUUAAGAGCAAAUUAAAAUAUAAAGAUUUAUUUUUUUUUAUUACCCAAAAAUUGAUUCAUAAAAAUAUAUAUGAUUUUAAAAGAAAACAAAAAUAUAAUUUAUUCCAAAAAGAUGAGUACACUAGUGAAUUGUCUAUUGAUUAUGUGAAAAAUUCAAAUAUUGAAGAAAGAUUUAAAGAGCAAUUAUUAAAAAAAUUAAGUGAUGAAGAAAAUAAUAAAAAAUUCCGAUUUUUACGCAUUUUUAAGUGGAAAAGUGCGCUAGAUAUAUUUAACAUUAGUAAAUUGAUUAUUCCAAUUUCUUCCAUCGGUUUUUUUUUAUCAAAAAUGGCAAUUUUUUCAGUUGUUGUAAAUAUGUUAAUAACUGCACAUUUUUUAACUUUCAAAAAGGAUCAAAAAAAAAAAAUGAAAAUUUCUACUUUACUUUUAACUAUGGCACCUAUAUUAAUACAUUCUUCAUUUGGCAUAGUUUGUAAUAACUUAUUCUUCCAAUAUUGUAAGCUUAAUAUACCCACAUACUUAAAGAAAGAAAAUUUUUUGUCUCUAUUUAUCAAUAUGCAAUUAUAUAUAGCAUCCUUAAUUUAUUUUACUAAUAAUAAUAAUGAAGAUGAAAAUGUAGAUGAAUAUAUAAAUAAUGAUGAAAGUUUUGAUAAUGAAUUUUCAUUAGAGCAAAAUGAUUAA